GCGUUCUGCGCCUGCCUCCGGCUCGGCCGAGCGGAGCGGCGGGAGCAUAGAGCGCGGCGUGUGGCGGUGCAGAGCGGCCGGUGGGCGGAGCCGCUUCGCUCCAGCCCCCCCCCCAAGUAAACAGUCGCUAACAUGGCGGCUCGGAGGCCUCGCUCCGCCUCGGAGCCCGACUGUGAUGAUGAGUCUUAUGAAGUAUUGGAUUUAACAGAAUAUGCAAGGCGUCACCAUUGGUGGAAUCGUGUGUUUGGCCGAAAUUCUGGACCAAUUGUAGAAAAGUAUUCUGUAGCCACUCAGAUUGUAAUGGGCGGAGUGACUGGCUGGUGUGCAGGAUUUUUGUUCCAGAAAGUUGGAAAACUUGCAGCAACUGCAGUAGGUGGUGGAUUUCUUCUACUUCAGAUUGCCAGUCAUAGUGGGUAUGUGCAAGUUGACUGGAAGAGAGUUGAAAAAGAUGUAAACAAAGCAAAAAGACAGAUAAAAAAACGUGCGAACAGGGCAGCACCUGAAAUCAGCACCCUCAUUGAAGAGUCAACAGAAUUUAUCAAACAGAAUAUAGUAGUAUCCAGUGGAUUUGUUGGAGGCUUUUUGUUAGGACUUGCAUCUUAAGGACCUGAAUUUUGUCUUCCUGAUGGCAUCAACCACAACAGAGAACAGUAGUAGUGAUUAGUGCACUGUUUUAAAGCAAAGCAGUGUGGGUCACUGAUCACUCCAGAGCAAGGAGAAUGGACUAGCCAGACAAAUUGGAAGCUUUUAUGUUUUAGGCUUUUGCCUUCUGACGCUUGGCAUAAGAUUUGCUGAAAAACUGCAGUGUGCUCAUAAUAGCAUUUCUGGACAAAACUGGUUAAUUUUCAUCAUGACUUUUUUUAUUCUGUGACCAUUCAGAAAAUAGCAUUUUUAAAAUGUAAUUUGUGGGAUAUAGCUAUGUUACAGUAAUAUAAGAAGGAAAGCUCCAUUUUCAAUCUGAUUGUUUUCCAGUUAAAUGUUGUUUUAUCUUUAUUUAAAAGGUAUUGUCCUUCGUGCUGUAGUAAAUAGUGCCAAUGACUAAUAAUGUAUACAAUGUGUAGCUUCAGCCGCAGGGCUGACAAUCUUCCUUAGAAAUCACUGCAAUAAUCUAUAAAUCUGUAAUAACUUUUUACAGAAGUAUUGAGUAACAAAAAAUCAUGAGCAUAUUAAAGAUGAAAAUCAAACCUUG